AUGGAUACCUCAGGAUUAUCCCCACUGGCCGAUCUGGACUCCAGUUCCGGUGGUUCGGAUGGCGUCGGAGGAUUUAACCACGGGCCGAACCUUUACAUGUCGCAAGGAGGUUAUCGUGACAACCAUAACCCGAUCAAGACGCUAUUUUUCUCCGAAAAGCUACAAGAAUUCACCGACAAGGAACCGUCGUACCAUCAUCAGGAGCGAAAGUUUCACGACACCAGCAACUACAAUCAUAUGAAGGCGGGUGGAGGACACCAGGGACAGGUGCAACACACGGGUGACAUCAUCUACUAUGCGAGUAAACCGAUGAGUGAAGGAUCACCGGGCAGUGUGCUGGUGAAUGGAAGUGGCAGCACUAACGGUAGCAGCACGGGAAGUAAUGGUAGUAGUCUCCUGUCCGUUUCAAACACUUCCGUCGGAGGAGGUAUCGUCGUACCGAACGGUCUACCGUCGUGUGGAGCGCUGGCACGUGCAGACAACAACAACAGUUCCUAUCUGCAAUCGUUGCAUCCUCCAGCACCACCACCACCACCAACAGCACCAUCCUCCGCAUCCUCGGUACAUCCUUUGGCAGCAUCGAACGGAACUGCCGACCUAGAGCGCAAGUGCUUUAGCUUCAGUCCGGAUCAAAUUCAGUGUAUGUGUGAGGCGCUGCAGCAGGAAGGAGAUCUGGAAAAGUUGGCCACCUUCCUUUGGAGCUUAUCACCGAGCGAUCUGAUCAGUGGCAAUGAGAGUUUACUGCGAGCUCGUGCCCUUGUCGCCUACCACCGUGGGCUGUACCACGAGCUGUACGCCGUGCUGGAAUCACACUUCUUCUCACCCAAGUACCAUGCGGAUCUGCAAGCGCUCUGGUUUAAGGCACACUAUCGUGAAGCGGAAAAGGUCCGUGGUCGUCCGCUCGGUGCAGUGGACAAGUACCGGUUGCGCAAGAAGUACCCGCUGCCAAAGACGAUCUGGGACGGGGAGGAAACGGUGUACUGCUUCAAGGAGAAGAGCCGCAACGCGCUGAAGGACUGCUACACCCGCAAUCGGUAUCCGACGCCGGACGAGAAGAAAACGCUUGCGAAGAAAACGGGCCUAACGCUGACGCAAGUGUCCAACUGGUUCAAGAAUCGUCGCCAGCGGGACCGAACGCCGCAGAGCAGUCGACCCGAUCUGAUGAUGUCGGUGCUGCCGGUUACGCCGGACCAGAUGGACGGUAGCUAUCAGCGGCUGUUUAAUGUGGCCAAUUACGGACCUGCGCACGGUUAUCACGCAAAUGAUAUGUACGCGGUGCAGUAGGCAGGUUGGAUG